AUGUCUCAGUUCACAGCCUCAGAGACAGUGACACAUGAUUUGGACUCUUCGCUGUUACGUCAUGGAAUGCGGAGGAGACCUGGCCCCGCGGAGGACUCACACCCGGGACUGACGGACUCUCCUCGGGAAGAGAGGGAGACCAGAGCCGGGGGAGAGAAACCGGGAGAGGAACCAGGAGAAGAACCGGGAGAGGAGGGGGACAUGCGGAAGAUAUGCAGGAGGAGCGCCCCCUUCAGAUGGAUGCGCAAAUGGUUCCUGUGGCUGAUUGUCCUGUACAUCUCCAUACCUGUGAUCGUCAAGGUCUUCCCCUCCAUCCAGGCCCAACUGGUCUUCCUCAACUUUGUCAGGGUCCCGUACUUCAUUGACCUCAAACGGCCCGUGGACCAAGGUUUGAACCACACUCAUAACUUUUACCUGGAGCCGGAGCCUGGCAGCAGAGUGGGCGUGUGGCACACCGUUCCCUCCCGUCUGUGGAGAGAGGCUCAGGACGCAGACGCCUCGUGGUUCGAGUCCUCACUCACAUCAGCUCAAUCUGUGAUUCUUUAUCUCCAUGGCAACUCAGGAACCAGAGGAGGAGACCACCGCGUGCAGCUUUAUAAGGUCCUCAGUUCUCUGGGCUUCCACGUCAUUGCCUUGGACUACAGAGGAUGGGGAGACUCGGACGGGUCGCCCUCAGAGUCUGGAAUGACAACAGACGCUCUGUUGGUUUACGAUUGGAUCAAAGUCCGACACAAAUCCCCACUGUUCGUCUGGGGCCACUCCCUGGGGACCGGAGUGGCCACAAACCUAGUGCGACGUCUUUGUGACAGAGGUUCUCCUCCAGACGCUCUGAUCCUGGAGUCUCCAUUCACCAACAUCAGAGAAGAAGCCAAGAGUCACCCCUUCUCCAUGGUUUAUCGGUUCCUUCCUGGUUUUGACUGGUUUUUCUUAGACACCAUUUCUGCAAACAACAUCUACUUCUCCAGCGACGAAAAUGUGAACCACAUCUCGUGUCCGCUGCUGAUCCUUCACGCUGAAGACGAUGCUGUGGUGCCAUUCCACCUGGGGAUGAAGUUGUACACGUUGGCAUCCCGGUCCAAAAGCCUCUCUGGUCAUAAAGUCCAGUUUGUUCCGUUUGCUGCGUCUCUUUCCUACAAACACAAGUUCAUCUACCGCAGCCCUGAGCUCCCACACAUCCUCAGUCACUUCCUGGAGAUCUCUCUGCCACGGACUCCUGACCCCUGA